AUGGCGCUCUCCUCCUCCCGGCCGCACCACCACCUCCUGCGCCCCCUCCUCCGGGGCUUCCACGCCUCCGCGCGGGCCCUGGCGCGGGCGGAGCCGCACGAGUUCUCCAAGCCCAGCGGGUACCUGGGCAGCUGGGAGCCCGCGGCGGAGCCCCGGGAGGCGUGGGCGCGGCUGGACCGGCUGCGCAAGGGGUACGCGCGCGACAUGCGCCAGCUGCGGCGGCAGUACGCCUAUGAGGUGCAGCUGAUGGAGGCCGAGCGGCAGCGGAAGGCCGACGCCCGCGCCGAGGCCGCCCGCAUCGCCAACCAGGAGCGCAAGGCCGCCAAGCUCGCCGCCGCACAGACGCGCGCCGCCGAGCGCCGCGCGUUCGAGGAGGACUUCCGCCAGACCCUCAUGAAAGAAAGAGCUGAGAAGCUGGAGAGCUGGCGGAAAAAGGAGAAGCUCAAAGAGCAGAAGAAGGCAGAACAGAAGGAGCUCCUGCGCAAGAAGAGCAGUAUGUGGCUUUCUGAAGAUAAAAUUGAACAGCAAAUACUCACAGCUAUCAUGCAAACCACUCCUCUAUGA